AAUCUGCCGUGAAGGCAGCCAUGAAACGUGUAGUGGCACUUUUUCUGAGAGCCCAUUACUGGGGCAGAGUCACCAGCCUGGGGCUGGGGGGCAGAGAGGGGCCGUUAGGGCAGUUAACUGUUAAGGUUACAGGGCUGCCUUUGCAUACCUAGCACAACAUGAUUUUUUUAAAGUCCUGAUGGGCCUUUGUAUUCCAACCAACUCUCGUUUCCCUAUUUUGUAAUUAGACUAGCCUGAAGAGGAACUGGUGGCUUUGGGAGAACUGUUGUAUAUGUUCAUUUCCACAGCUGCCUUCUUUCCCAUCUGCUCAGUUUGUACCAAGCUCGCUGGCUGCUGCCUAGGGCUGGUGUGUGGUGGGACUGUCUGAGCCAUGAACGGCCUCACGGGUGCUGUCCUCUUCUGGGCAGUGGUAGCCUGGGCUGAAACGAACGAGCGUUUAGGAGAGACGAAUGAGGCUGGAUUUCAAAAAUGCAAGAACGCCUUGAAACUACCUGUUCUAGAAGCCUUACCCGGAGGGGGCUGGGAUAACCUGCGGAAUGUGGACAUGGGACGGGUAAUGGACCUGACUUACAGGAGUUGCAGGACCACGGAAGAUGGACAGUACAUCAUCCCCGAUGAAAUCAUCAGCAUCGCCCAGAAACAAAGCAACUUAGAGAUGAACUCUGAAAUCCUGGAGUCCUGGGUGAAUUACCAGAGCAGCACCUCCUUCUCCAUCAACUCAGAGCUCUCCCUCUAUUCCAAGGUCAAUGGCAAAUUCUCCUCUGGUUUCCAGAAGAUGAAGACCCUUCAAGUAAAAGACCAAGCUGUGACUACCCGGGUUCAGGUGAGAAACCUGAUCUAUACAGUCAAGAUCAACUCAGCUUCAGAGCUAAGCUGGAGGUUUAAGAAGGAGCUGAUGGACAUCUCUGAGCGCCUGGAGAACAACCAGACGCGGAUGGCGACCUACCUCGCAGAACUGCUGGUCCUCAACUACGGCACGCAUGUCAUCACCAGCGUGGAUGCCGGUGCUGCUCUCAUCCAGGAGGACCAUAUCCGAGCCUCAUUCCUACAGGACAGCGAGAGCAGCCACACCGCCGUGACUGCCUCUGCUGGGAUUGCCUUCAUGAACGUCGUGAACUAUAAAUUUGAGGAGAAUUACACCUCGCAGAGCGCCCUCACCAAGAGCUACCUCUCGAACCGCACCAACUCCAGGGUGCAAAGCAUUGGAGGGGUUCCCUUUUACCCGGGCAUCACCCUCCAGGCCUGGCAACAGGGCAUCUCCAACCACCUCGUGGCCAUAGACCGCGCUGGCCUGCCUCUGCAUUUCUUCAUCAACCCUGACAUGCUGCCCGAGUUGCCGGGGCCCUUGGUCAAGAAGCUGUCCAGGACGGUGGAGGCCGCCAUGAGGCGCUAUUACACGUUCAACACCUACCCUGGAUGCACCGAUGCCAAUUCGCCCAACUUCAACUUCCAGGCCAACACGGAUGACGGCUCCUGUGAUGGGAAAAUGACCAAUUUCUCCUUCGGAGGAGUUUAUCAGGAAUGCACCCAGCUCUCCGGGAAGGAGGUUGUCCAACUCUGCCAAAACCUGGAGCAGAAGAAUCCCCUCACUGGUGAUUUCUCCUGCCCCUCUGGCUACUCCCCAGUCCAGCUGCUCUCCCAGAUCCACGAGGACGGCUACAACCACCUAGAAUGUCAGCGGAAAUGCACCCUCCUCGUCUUCUGCAAGACGGUGUGCGAAGACGUGUUCCGGGUGGCAAGGGCUGAAUUCAGAGCUUUUUGGUGCGUGGCGAGCGGCCAAAUACCAGAAAACUCAGGACUGCUUUUUGGGGGCCUCUUCAGUGGUAAGAGCAUAAAUCCUUUGACAAAUGCACAGUCCUGCCCGGCUGGCUAUCUUCCACUGCGGCUCUUUGAAAGCCUCAAGGUAUGUGCCUCCCUGGACUAUGAGAUGGGAUACAGGUUUUCAGUCCCCUUUGGUGGCUUCUUUAGCUGUGCAGUCGGGAACCCUUUGGUAAAUUCUGCCACAUUCGAAGAUUUGGGGACACCUUCGCUAAAAAAGUGUCCCGGGGGCUUCAGCCAACACCUGGCCAUCAUCAGUGAUGGAUGCCAAGUGUCCUACUGCAUCAAGUCCGGGCUCUUCACAGGAGGGGCUCUUCCCCCUGCCAGGCUCCCCCCUUACACCCAGCCACCCCUCAUGAGUCAAGCUGCCACCAACACCGUCCUAGUGACUAAUAGUGAGACGGCCAGCUCCUGGAUUAAAGACUCCCAGACCCACCAGUGGAGGCUGGGGGAGCCGUUAGAGCUGCGCAGGGCCAUGAGGGUCAUCCGUGGGGAUGGCAGUGGUCUGUCGGGAGGGGCAGCAGCUGGGGUCACAGUGGGGGUCACCACUGUCCUGGCAGCCGCCAUCGCCCUGGCAGUCUAUGGCACCCGGAAGUACAAGAAGAGGGGCUACCAGCUGUUGGAGGAUGAGAGGCAGAGUUUGGCUGCGGGCACUGCAGACACUGGAGGUGCCCCUGACCAAGAACAGGAGCGGAGUCCAGCCUGAAUCUCUCCCCCGGAAACGUCUCUCCUGUCUCUGCAUGCUUGCCUUUCAUCUGUCUCCACUUCUGCCUUCCUGAGGACUGGCGUGACAGGUGCAGGAAAAAGUAGGUAUAACUUUGUGACUUCCUUAGGGCUCCCGGCCACAAAAUGAACAGAGCUGCGUGGACAGGGUUGGGGAGGGUAGGACAGACAACGUGCCUUUUAAGCCAAGGUCAUCCUGGGGGCUAAAACGUGAAGGGGGUGUCUUUUCUCUGUGUGCAUCACUGUUUAUCUUCACCUGACUACAACCCUGAGAAAAGAGAGCGCGGAGCAUGCAGACCUUUGGGUUUGGGGACCCUGCAUUUAAUCUGAGAUCGGUUUCCAAUUCACGAGCUGUAAGAAUUUCUGUUUUGUUUUUUAAAUAUCUCUCUGGAUUUCAUGGUCCUGGGGGGCUGAAAUUUCCCCCAUAAGAUAGGGGAAGUCCCGCACGGGCACUGAUUUUCAGCCUUGAGGGUUCUGUACCGAUGCAUGGGGUCCUCCAAAGCUUAUCUGAACAGCAAGAUGUUGCCUCUACUAAGUCUGUCUUCUAGCUUUCCAACCAUGAUUCAGACUCACUCAGAUCAGGCCACUCUUGGACUCGAGACUAGUGCCAUAAGGUCCUCAAAAAUAUUUUAAUUUCACAAUCUUCUAUUAGGAGGUUAAGGGAGAAGGGACGGUUUCGAGACAAGGCAUGAGGAAAGAAAGGAUGAGAACUGGACAAGAUCCUGGCACUCAGGGGUAACUGAAAUCCUUACCCUUAACCACCUGCCUGGCUUAUGGAGCGGCAGAUUGGGGUAGAACAAGCAUUACAAUUUCCUGGUCUCUGUUUCCAGAGUACUACCCCUUCUUCGUUCAUGAAGGACCCCUCCCCUUCCCGUCCUCACAUCACUGUACACACCCCCAAACACACGUGUGCACCCCCAAACAUACACGCACACCCCAAACACAUGUGUGCGCACACACACUCCUUCCCCCCACCCAGCACAUUCCAGCAAGAAGUCUGCAUUUUUCUAGGGGCGGGAGACAAGGGAAAAUGCAAGAAAUCAAAGUAAGCCCACACCAAAGUAUUAUUUCCUCCCUAAAACCAAAACAGAAUAGAAACUACCAAUUAUAUAUCUUACCUUUGUUUUCUUCCCCCACCCCAGCAGAAAAGGGGUUGUCAUGAUCAAAUCCAUGUUUUUAAAUUAAA